UCCUCCCACUUUUAUUCAUCUCACUCCAUCUUUCAUCCAUCCUAUACUACCUUCCAUCUAUCUCACAUCAUCGAACACACUCUUCUAUCCAAUGUGAUUACCAUCAGUAAUCAUGCUUUUCUCUGAACUUCCAGGAGAGAUCCUCCUCAACACCGGGUAUCGACUUGGGGGUGAAGCCGUGAGUCGACUCAUCCGUACAAGCCGCUUCUUUCACGACUUCUUUAAGGAAGAGAUUUACAAAAUGCACGUGAAGAGAACCAACGGUAUUGCGCUGCUCUGGGCUGCAAGCCAUGGUGAUGAGCCGUUGGUGAGAAACCUUCUCAAAUACGGUGCCAACCCUAACGUGGGCUGGGGUCCCCGGGUCCCGGGCCAGGGGGAGUGGUGCCUGCGUACCGCGGCGCGCUCCAACCUCUACUGGCGUGAAGAUGGCCGCCGCACCCAUCAGACACCCUUGACCCUUGCCGCGCAGCAAGGCUAUCUCGACAUUGUGAAGCUCUUGCUUGAUCAUGGCGCUGACCCCGGCCGCCACAACCGGGAGCAUCAGACCGCGUGCCUGGCGAGCAUCCACGCGCUGAUCCAGCAUGCCCACCACGGCCGUCUCUACCACAACGAGUGGGACCGCCUGGACGACUUCAACCAGCCUCGCAAGCCGCUCGACCCGACCCUGCUCGCCACCGUCGACUACCUCAUCCACCAGCCCGACGCGAUGUGGGGGACCCACGGCUACCGCGUGCUGAACUUGGCGCUUCAGUGGCCCGACCAGGACCUGGCGGUCUACAUGCUCCGCGACGAGCAGCUGCAGGCCGAGUUCUGUGAGCAGCCCGGCUCGCACUUCGAGGACCUGCUCCGCCACGCCGCGCUGUACCACCGCGUCGUCUUUGUUCAGCACCUGCUCGACGUCGCCUACAAGCACUACCACGUCCACGAGUGGGGCCGCCUGUCCCUCGUGGCGCGCGAUGCGACCCAGGACUAUUUCAGGAAUGCAAUGGGGCAUUACUUCCUCAUGUACAAGUAUGUCACCUUCUUUCUUUUACUUUUCGUCUGGGUCUGCGUAUGGGCUUAUGUGUCCUGGCGGUGGCUGUGAUGAUGCUGUGGGCAGCUGACUGACUUCGUGCUUACCAGCUUUCACCCGACCAGCGCGGUCUGAUCCUCCACGGCUAUGAACAGGAAAACACAAUCUAGGUUAGACUCUUAUCUGGAGGGCAGGAAAACACAACCUGGUUGGACUGUUAUCACCUCUUCGAGCAGCCUGAUUCUUGGCGUGUCUUUCAAAUAGGAAGGUAUGUUACCAAGUAUAUGCCUUCUAGAUGAUGACACGAAGGUAGAAGCCGACUAUCUUGCUACUGAGUACUA